AUGGGAAAGAGGAGACGCAACAAGUCCGGCAAACGCCAACAGGCGCAGAAGAAGGAACCAAAGAAGCGUGCAGCCAAGUGCUUCCCAAUUCUGCUUCUGCCGACCGAGAUACAAUCACAAAUCGUCUCGUACGCUCUCGAGGCAGCGCGACAUGGCGCGGAGGACUACGAAUACGAGGAGAUCACCGACCCUGUAGGCGACCUCCUAACUCUCAAUACGAGGAUAAACGCAUUGGUCAUUCCUCAUCUUUACCGUGUGAUCAAAUGGACGAACACCGCCGCCGGUAAGCGCCUGCCGAGCACCUUCAGAGACCAUCCAGAUUACGCUCAGCACGUCAGGGAGUUUCACGUUUCCGAGGAUCUCGACUGCGAUUACGAAGACUUCGAACAGGUGGUCAACGUGGCGAAGGCGAUCAAGCGGGCUCACCAGUCUCUGCCCCCUGCGGACCACAGACUCGAAGGCGUGACCAUUUCCUUCCCUGCAGUCAUGAUGGCUUUUGCAGUCCAAGUCCUUCGACUGCUCGAGCCUUCGCACUGUAAGUGUGACACAGACUGCAUUGGUCUUGGGUUCUCAGAAGAUGAGGAGGACGGACCCGGCAUGUAUGAAGACUACGACUUCCCAGUGCCGAACCUGGGACAAGUCGUUGCCUACGACGAUCGCAACAAAGCUUGGCUCUCGCGCCUGACAACCUUGGAGCUUAACGGGUUCAAAUUCGACGAAUCGACUGCCGAGCUGCUUGCAAAGCUGCCAAACCUAACGAGUCUGACCUUGUCUGCUUCUGGGACUAUCGGUCCUCUCAGCUUGCCCGUCAAAGAAGCACUCGCGAUCUUCUUCUCCUCAAUUGGUCCGGAUACGAAGCUCAAAACCCUCCUGGUACGGAAGUGCACCUUGAAAACGCGUCGCGCAGUCCAGCAAGCCAUCGGCGUCUGCAUUCCCGUCAUUCCGAUUGCCGGCUACCAGCUCAAGCGUGGCGAAACAGUCGUUGACGUCGAGUCAUACAAGAAAAUUUGGCACGGAUGUCAAGAGGCUGAAUUCAGCCACCAGCACCGAAUGCUCCCAAUUACGCAAUGCACCGGUUGCCCGCGAUGUUGCGUCAUCGCAGAUCAGCAACAGAUUGGCAAAAUUCCCUCGAACUCAGACCUGUCAUACGAACAGGUGAAAGAGAACACGGAUGAGUCCACAAUUCCGGACUCGGAACCUCGGUUUGGCCUUUGCACGCUGCAUUACAACGAGAUCUUUGGCGAGCUUGAGGGGGGCGAGGCUGCUAGAGACGAAGGAGAUCUGAUGCGACGUAGGGCGCUCGAGUCUAUGCGAUGGGCAUUGGAAAGGUAUGCUGAGAACUGGGGUCAACUGGAUGACGACGACGACGACUUCUUCCAUCGUUAUGGCUACGGUCAUGGCUUCGGUGGUUAUGGGAUGGGCGACUCAGACGACGAUGUGUACGGCUAUGGUUUCGGCGAUCCGUACGAGUAUCAGUUCUACUAG